AUUUUUUAUCCUGCUCCAUCAAUCUCUCAAAAACCCCUCUCCUCGCCCCUCGUAUAAAUUUCUCCCCCUCACACAAAAUCAAUGGCGAACUCCAACUCCGAACCCCAGGCCAAGCUCCAGCUCUUCCUUCAGUGGCUACAGGCAAAUGGGGGGGAUCUUCGAGGAUGCAGCAUCAAGUACUGUGGCCCUAACAAAGGAUUCGGAAUCUUCUCCAACGAGAAAACCCCAGGUGACGACAUUGUCAUGGUUGUCCCUUUGGAUCUUGCAAUCACCCCCAUGAGGGUUCUUCAGGACCCACUUGUGGGCCCCAGGUGCCGGGCAUUGUUCGAGGAGGGAGAUGUAGAUGAUCGAUUCCUGGUUAUGAUUUUCCUCAUGGUAGAGCGGCUUCGGCCUGAUUCUUCGUGGAAGCCGUACCUUGACAUGCUUCCAUGUAGUUUUGGGAAUCCUCUUUGGUUCACAGAAAGCGAGCUUGCUGAAUUGAAAGGAACGACACUGUACAGAGCCAGUAUGCUGCAGAGCAAAAAAUUGGAAGCUUUGUAUGAAGAUAAGGUGAAGGGCCUGGUUGAGGAGCUUCUACAUUCUGAUGGGGAGUUGAAAAGUGUGAGGAACGUGCAAUUCGAAGACUUUCUCUGGGCUAACUCUAUAUUUUGGACGCGGGCUUUGAAUAUUCCAUUUCCUCACUCUUACGUGUUCCCUGAACCACUCGAAAAGCAGAGCAAUGGUUCUGCACAUCAUAGCAGUGAUUCUGAUGCUUCUGCAUCCCAAGAAAUAGUUGAAACUUUUGAGCAUGAAAACGAUUCUAAAACUGAGGCAGUUGCUAAAGACAUGAAGAAUAAUGGAAAUGGUGAUGAAACUUCCAGAACAAAAAAUGCAGAUACUAUUUGGAUUGAGGGUUUAGUUCCUGGCAUCGAUUUCUGUAACCAUAGUGUGAAAGCUUUGGCAACAUGGGAAGUUGAUCCAACUGGAUGUAUAACUGGAGUGUCAACUUCCAUGUAUCUCAUACUUGCUGAAAAGAGCACUGCUGAAGCUGAGAAAGAGAUAAGCAUCAGUUAUGGUAACAAGGGAAAUGAGGAAUUGCUGUACCUUUAUGGAUUUUGUAUUGAUAAUAAUCCAGAUGAUUUUCUCAUGGUCCAUUAUCCUGUGGAGGCCUUCUCAAAGCUUCCAUGUUCUGAUACCAAAUCAAAGCUUUUAGAAAUACAGAAUGCUGAACUAAGAUGCCUCUUGCCUAAAAGUUUGCUUGAUCAUGGAUUCUUUGCUGCUCGUCAAUUGCAUGGUGAAGGAAGCGAGAAAAAUUCAAGUUUUCAGGUCCACAAUUAUAGCUGGAGUGGUCAGCGUAAGGUUCCUUCCUAUGUGAAUAGGCUGGUUUUUCCUCAGGAGUUUUUAACAGCUCUGCGUACCAUAGCAUUGCACGAAGAUGAGCUUAACCAGGUCUCUGCACUGCUAGAGAAGCUUGUUGAAUCUGACGACGUGAGAGAGCCUACUGAUAAAGAGGUGGAAGCAGCUAUCUGGGAAGUUUCUGGGGAUUAUGGAGCCUUGCAGUUGCUCGUGGAUCUUCUUUCAAUGAAGAUGAUGGAACUUGAAGAGGGUUCUGGGACCCAAGAGUCUGAUGCACAACUUCUUUCAAAUAGCCACGUUCUGGAGUUUGAAGAUCAGUUUAGUAAAAGAAGUGAGAGGAGCGAAGAGAAUUGGAUGACUAGAAACAAGUGGUCUAGCAUUGUUUAUAGAAGAGGGCAGAAACAGCUCACCAGCUCAUUCUUGAAAGAGGCAGAACAUGCUCUUGAACUCUGUAUCAAUGAACAACGAUAACGAUGAGAAGCUGAUGAGAAUUCAUCUCGACGUUUGGAUAAAUGUUGGUGUCAUUUUCUUUUUCCCCCCAAAUUUUCUGAUAUUUGUAAUAAUUUGGCUAGCCCAAUUUUGUAGUUAUUUGUAUAUCAAUAAAGUCAGGCACACAACCGAGACUGCAGUUUUUUUUCUCUAAUGAACGGAAUAUAGCGGUGUAUUGGUUUGUCUAAC